AUGGCGGGGGCCGUGCCGGGCGCGGGGCGCGGGCGGCGGCGGGGCGCGGCGGCCAUGGCGGCGGCAGCGGCGGCGCUGGCCCUGGCGCUGGCCCUGGCUUGCCUGCUGCUGCGGGGCGCGCUGCUGGGAGCGGCGGCGCUGGGCGCGGCGGGGGCCUGGUGCGCCAUGCGGCCCGGCCCGCCCGCGCCGCGCCCGCCCGGUAAAGCCGCCGCUAACGGUGGUCCGGCCGCCGCCUCGGGCCGGCCUGUUAGGGCCCCGCUGCGCCGCCUGGGCCUCGGGACCCCGCCGGCCGUCCCCCGCCGCCGGUACCCGCUGCCGCAGCCCCGCAGCGCGGUGCCGGUCGGUCUGCCCGCCGCUCGCUGGGAGGGCUACUCGCCACGGAGCGCGCCUUGGGCUCGCCGGGCCGCCCCCCUCCGUAGCCCCGUCACCGUGAGGAUCGCCCCGCCGGCCGCCGGCGUGGCCCGCUCCCCAGCCCUGGAGCAGCUGAUCUCGCCCCUGGCCUUCCCAGCCAGCAGCAGCCCGGACCCAUGUGCGAAAGAGACUGUGCUAAAUGCCAUCAGGGAGAGCAGGAAGAGGGCUGUGGCGGAAGAGGAGGAUGAGGACCAGGCGUUUGGGAAUGAUCAAGAGAACAAGAGAAGGCGCCAUGACAGCAGUGGAAGUGGGCAGUCGGCAUUUGAGCCCCUGGUAGCCAAUGGUGCUCCUGCCUCUCUCGUACCCAAGCCUGGCUCUCUGAAGAGGAGCCUUGUCUCGCACUGCUUGGAUGACUGCUCAAACAAGAGGUCACGUACCUCUUCCAUGAGCUCCCUCAACAAUACGUACGCUGGUGGGAUUCCCAGCUCCAUCCGCAAUGCCAUCGCCAGCUCCUAUAGCUCCAGCCGGGGCCUCUCACAGCUGUGGAAGAGAAGUGGUGUGAGCGUGUCCCCGCUCUCCAGCCCAGCAUCAUCCCGCUCUCAGACACCGGAGUGGCCUCUCAAGAAAGCCAGGGAGGAGGAGUUGCAUCGCUCCAACGCUUCCACUCCAGUGAAAUCGGACAAGGAACUGCAGACAGAGAAAGCGGUGGAGACGCCGGUGCGGAAGAAGCAGAAUUCCCUGAGCCCGCCAUCUGCGUCUGGGAGCAGCGGGAAGCGCAAGCGGAAGAUCCCGUUGCUGUCGUCUCGCCGGGGGGACCAGCUGGCGCUGCCCCCGCCGCCUCAGCUGGGCUACUCCAUCACGUCGGAGGACCUGGAUGCGGAGAAGAAGGCAACGUUGCAGUGGUUCAACAAAGUCUUGGAGGAUAAGGCUGAUACAGUCCCCAGCACCACUGCAGAGACUACGCCCGUGUCCAAGCCGCUGGCAUUCACCGUGUCCUCCCCAGGGCCUGUGCCUACCUCGACAGCUCCUGCCCCGGCCAGCACCAACUCGCUCCUGGACAGCCUGAAGAAGAUGCAGAGCAGCCAGCCUGCGCCCACAGUGGCAGAUUCCACUGGAGCUGCGGUAGCGUCCCAGCCGCCUUCAUCAGCCGCACAGCCACCCGCUCCUGUUGUAUCGCUGGAGUCAAGUUCUCUGCCGGCCACCUCUGCUGACACCAAGCCUGCGCCUGUGUUGAGUGUGCCUGCCCCUGCUGCCCCCCCUGCCUUGGGGGUGCAGGCCCCCAGCAGCCUGGCAUCUCCUGCAUUCACAGAGCUGGGCCAAACCCCCAGCAAGCCUCCCUCCUUCCCGAAGCCAAACAUCGUCUUCGGGAUGCUGAACACCCCUCCAGCCAGCCAGCCUGCAAUGACCACGGCUACUGCGGUGCCCACCACAACCACUGCUGUGCCCACCACGACCCCGGUCUUCAAACCCAUCUUUGGCGCUUUGCCGAAAAGCGAGAGCGCAGCACCCUCUACAGCUGUCGUCUCCGCUACAGUCACCGUGUCUGCGAGCUCAGGCCCUUCCUUAACAUCCUCCACCACCACCAUGUUCAAGCCCAUCUUCGGCAGCGUCACCACAGCUUCAUCUCCAGCGAAGGCCUCUCCUUUUGCCUUCAAGCCAACGUCCCAGCCGGCCUCGGCCGCAGAUCUGUCAGCAGCCUCCACGACUACCGUGGCAGGAUUCACAGGUCUCCCUAACGUCAUCUUCACCACUGCAGCUACGACUGCCACCACACAGAGUUCCUCCACAGAUGCCACCAUUAAACCUGUCUUCAGCUUUGGACUCAACCCGCCUGCCUCCACCGGUCCCACCACCAGCCUGACCGUCACUGCUGCCACGUCUACCAGCACGUCACAGCCCUUUGUGUUUGGGGGCUCGGCCAGCUCAGCUCCCAGCACAGAAACCAGCUUUGCCACCCCAGGGCCCGUGUUCCAAUUUGGAAAGCCACCUCCAGCAACAGUCACUGCCACCACCAGUGUCCCAGGAGGCCCUGCCUUUGGCCAAGCACCUUCAAACUCAACGGCUCCUACCACCACUGUGGGCUUUAGCAUAUUUGGGGGCACCACGCUGACCUCUUCUACCCCAGCCACCACGGGUCAAGCAACGUUGACGUUUGGCUCCUCCGUUUCAGCUUUUGGCAGUUCCUUCAGCGCAAGCGCGAAGCCGCCGCCACCGUAUCCUGGUGCAGUGAGUCAGCCUGCCUUCAGCGCCGGUGCUGCGGAGAGCCAGCCGCCUGCCAGCAAGCCCGCUGCUGGCCCCAUCAACUUUGCCCCCCCGUUCAGUUUUGGAGCCCCUGUGGCACAGUCCGCAGCUCAGCCGGUGUUUGGCAGCGGUGCUCAGCCAGCCUUUGGCACAGCCGGCGCCCAGGGCUCCUUCGGCACCGGCAGCACCCAGGCGGCGUUCGGAACCACCACGUCGGUCUUCUCUUUUGGGACAGCCACCUCCACCACCGCCAGCUUCGGUUCCACCACGCAGACCACGAGCAGCAGCACCGGCACUGCCGUCUUCGGCACCACCCCUUCUCCUUUCACCUUCGGGGCGACUGCCCAGCCAGGCCCCUCUGCCGGCGCCUUUGGGAUCGGCACUCCUGCCCUGAGCACUGGCUCUCCCACCGUGGCAUUCAGCUUUGGGGCUGGGCAGAGCGGGGCGGCCCCAGCGGCAGCGCCGUUUGGCUCUUCCCUGACGCAGAGCACUCUGGGCGCGCAGAAUCAGAGCACGCCCUUUGCCUUCACCGUGCCCAGCACGCCCAACAACAAGCCCGUGUUUGGAGGAACUCCUGCGCCUACCUUCGGGCAAAGCACACCCGUCCCGGGAGCAGUGGGGAGCGGAAGCAGUAGCCUUUCGUUUGGGACGCCCAGCACUCCUGCCUCGGGCUUCGGAGGAGUCGGUACUUCCUUCGGUUCCUCCACCCCUGCCUUUUCCAUCGGGGCAGGAUCCAAGAUGGGCGCUCGCCAGCGGCUGCAGGCACGGAGACAGCACAUCCGCAAAAAGUAACCUCCGGUGCUGCUGGCCCCCGCUGCCGGCCUGCGCAGGGAGCCCCUGCGCGCGCCUUGCGGGGGCUCCGGGCCAGAGCAGUCCCCAUGGCGGGGACCAGUGGUGACGGGGCCAGGCCCCUGUCUGAUGCCAGCCAGAGACCAUGCUGGGUGGCAUUAACCAGGGUGGCAUGGAUUAAACCAAACUCCUUACUUGAACAGUUCCACAGUCAAGGCUGGAUGAACCUCUGUACAUAUCUGCCGCGUUUCCUCCCCCACUUUAUUUUGCCAUGUUUCAAAACGUGUAAAUUUUUCCCCUUUUGCUGCUUCUAGCUGUUCCCGUGUCCUCCUCCUCCCCAGCCCCCCAGCACUCAGCCCCCUGCCCCGCGGUGUGGCAGCCGGCAGAGCCACGUGUUCCUGCUUGGAGCCUGGCCAUGCUUCCCGGGCUGAUGAGGGAUGCCGUCUUCACCGGGUCCCAAAAUCUUUCCCCGUUAGUUUCAUCCUGUGGCCUGGUGAACACGCUCCCUCCGGAGGGCUCUGCUUCGUUGCCAUCCCUGCAGAACACGAGCUGGGGUUAGCACCAGCCUGGUGCGGGGCGUCUCGGUGCCAUGGGUGACCAGCCCGGCUUCUGCAGCUGGGUGACGACCCCGAUGCUGUGACUUAAAUCUCUCAUCGGACCUCCAGCUGAGGAUGCGCCAUAGGCUGGGCCCCUAGCCGGAGGUGUGGGGUGGGGGUCCCUCCACCCCUCUCCUGGGCACCGAGCUGCUCCCCACCAGGCCGCGGGCUCCCCCUGCCCUGCUCGUGUAAAAUCCGCCCCCCUCUGUUUUGCUUUAUUCGUGCUCCCGUUUCCAUGCGCUCAUUGAAUCGAGUUUGGAGGAAGAACUGAACCGUGUGCGUGGCGGCAUGUUGGUUAUGCCGGAUUUGCUGUUUGGAGGUUGUUUUUUUUUUGGGGGGGGUUGCCCGUCCCUUCGCGGGCGAUGCGCCCUGGCUAAUUGGGUGUUGACAGUAGCAUCACUGCGUGGCUACUCGCGCUGGGGGAGUUCUCUUGUUGCCGUUGUAACUGAAAAGCAGGCAGCCGGGUCGGGGGGCACGGACUCCAGCCCUGGCAGUUUCUCCCCUCCCUUCCCCUCUCUCCUGGUGCCCCUUCCCCACCUCAGAGGGCUCUGGAGCCGAGCCGCUAACAGAAGGAAUCCAGAGCAGAUGGGUUUUCGCCCCCCCCCGGCCCCUAAAUCCAAAUUUUUUAUUUUUUUUUUUUCAUUUUUAGCUCAUCCCCCUCCUUUUUGGGUUUUACCGGCUCUUAGGAGCUAUGGUGCUGCCUCCCCUCUUCCCAUCCAGCCGGGAGCGGGGCCCUUCCUCUGCCUGAGUGAGGGCUCCUAGGAGAAGAGACUGCCAGAGCUGGGGGUCAUCCGAGAGCUGCCCCCCACCCUGCCCCCGGGCAAGGGACAGGCACCCCUGCCCGCAGGCUCCCCACCACUUCCAGGAGUGUUUUGCUGCCGGGUUUUUUACUCUCCGAGCCGUGUGAGUGUGUGUGUCUGCUGAAAUCUAAAUUAAAAAAAAAAAAAAGAUAAUAAAAAAAAAUAAUCACAAACAAAUAUUUAAACGUUUUUUAACAAAAUAAAAAUUUAUUUUUAUAUUUAAGCUAAAUUGCCUUUGAAUUCCUUCAAGCUUGGUUCAGUGAGGUUGCCAGACCCCGCAGCGCUGUCAGUAGAGUUGAGCUGCGCCGUCGCAGCCCGGUGAGGAGCAGCCCCUGCCCCGGCUCUGCCCCCCGGGAACGAGCUGUACCGGGGAAAGGCAGCUCUGUCCCGCGGGCUUUGCCGCUGCGCCGCUCCUCCCGGCCGGUGACAUCAGCUCCUUAAUUUUAAAAUGUGAUGUACGUGGAUGUGAUUAAAACUUUUUUUUUUUUUUUUUUUUAAUUCUUUCUCUGGGCAUGAGGAGCAGGAGCUCUUGUGCGUUAUGGUGCCGAGUCAUUUUCCAGGAAGAAGGUAUCUCUCCCAGCAGGCGGAAGGAGCGGGGCAGGUGACCGAGCUCUGUGUGGCACACAGGGGACACAGCCCCUUAGCGAGUGGGGACAGAGGUUGUGCAAGCAGGCACUGGUGCUGGCAGGGGAUUUCUAGCCUUCCCCUCCCAGCAGGCUGUUAAGAGCAGGAGGAGCCAGCCUGGGCAAACCUGUCUGCAGGGUUUGAGAAAGGAGCUGAAAAGCUCCCCAGCCCUCCCGGGCGGCGGUGACACAAGGCAGGACAGUGGCUGUGGGGGCGCAGCGGCCAGGGCUGGGGUUUGGCCAGGUCAACUCCAGCAAGACCAGUGUGGCAGAGGGUGGUGGGGACGAGCAGGUGAGGUGCACCUUGGGGAGCAACUGGCUGUCGGUGCUGCCCCCCCCCACCCCCCCAUAGCUGCCCCAUUUCGGUGGCAAGUGAGGAGCCGGGCUGUGUCCCCUCCCUGCCCCACAGACCCUGCUGGGAGAGAGCCCUGGGCCUGGGCGGCCGUGUGUGGCCGGGGUGGGGGAAGGCUGAGUUUUAACUCAAACUGAAGACUUGGAUCAUUCCUGGUGUGGCUGAUGAGGAUUUUAGUGUGAAUGUGCAAUUUAUUUUUUUUUUCCUUGCUUCUUAUGUCCCUGGUUUAAAAUAAAAAGACUGUGUUCA